AUGGCGCAUGUGCGCGCAUCUGAAACUAUAUUUUCACCCUCGGUAGCCCGACUUGCAUCGUCGGCGGCGAAAGACUGGAACUACGUUGACAGCUGGUUGUCAUCCAAGUUCGAAGGCCGCCCGAGCCUGGCGUUCGAGCGCAAUCCUGAGACGCUAAAGGCACUGGUAGCUCUAGCUGCCCUGAACGAAACUGCCGAUGAAGAACGAGAUCUGGUAAUCAGCAUUGAGACUACCGCUCUCGAAGCGCUGGCUGGCCACAAUGCAGCAGAGGCCCGUGGCGCUUCCACUCAGAUCCUCACUGGCGUGACGGCUGCCGUCGAGCAAGAACUGCCGCGUGACGGCUUGGCUGCCCUCGAUUCCAUGGCUGCAAUGGCUGUGGAGCUCGGGGUUGCCUAUCCGGACCCGGAGGUCCUGGGGCAUGAGACGGUGCAGCUUCAAGCGCGACUUUAUCAACUUGAGCAAGCCACCAAGCGGACUGCUGCCGUACAGUCGCAUGUUGAAGAAGAAUCGGCACGGUCGGGUGACUUGUUGGGAGAACUCGACGACGGGGCAUACCGCCCAGCUGCGGACCUGGCCAAGGCCAAUCUGGAACUACAGCGCAAAGUCAAGACGGGAACUGUCAAACUUCUAGAGAUGAAGGAGAAAGCAGCCAAGGUUGCUGACAAAUCACCCGACAUUACGCUCCAGCAAGUCCAGGACGAAGAAUCUCUGUAUCGGGUCCUUCUCUCUCGCAAAAGGGGCCUAGACUCGCGAAUAGAGCCUUUCCAGAGCCUGCCUCCCGAUAAAAACCUGGCUCGACAACAGCUGGAAGUACUCCGAAAGGAACUACAGGUAAUGACCCAGAAGAGAGAUGUUGUGUUUGAGGGCCUGGUUGACCGUGAAACACCGAGAAAACCAAGGUAG